CGCUUUGCUGAUCUUCUCAAACAUCCAACAUCUUUGUGCCGCUGACUACUCAACAUCUACAUCCGGGUAACUGUGCUGGUGACCUUGAUUAUCAUGGCGGCUAUCGUCAGGUUGGGUUCUGUGUGUCGCAGAGGAGUCAAACCUCUGUUCUACCAAAGCACUUUGUUGGCCAGGCCGCUGGUUGUACCACACAAGUACCAGGAGCAGCCCUACCAGCUGACUGCGAAGAUUCAUGCGUCACAGGCUCUGUACGCGGGCUCCGGAUCCAAAGCCGCCUCUUUGCACUGGACAGCAGAGCGAGUGCUGAGCAUCUUGCUUCUGGCCAUGGGACCCGCAGCCUAUUUUAACCCCUGUCCUGCCAUUGACUACUCCUUGGCUGCUGCCCUGACCCUGCAUGGACACUGGGGUAUUGGGCAGGUGCUUACAGACUACGUUCAUGGGGACACAAAGAUCAAGCUUGCCAAUGCAGGCCUCUUCCUCCUGUCCACGGUCACCUUCGCUGGUCUUUGCUAUUUCAACUACAACGACGUGGGAAUCUGCAAAGCCAUCGCGCUGCUCUGGAGCAAAUGAAGUAGAACUAUGGACUGGGAAGCUUGGGAGGACCUCGACACUGGGAUGGGAGCAAUCUCGCCCCGGGCUGAUUGUAAAAGUUUAAGGUGUUCUAUGUAAAUUCUUAUAAAUAUAUCAUUUUUGACAAUAUGACAGUGAUUCAUAAGGGUGUAAUUAACAUCUAUCAAUUCAGGCUUGGUCUUUUAAGUUCUUGCUCAACAAGUAGCAUCCAUUUUCUCUUCUAUGUGGGAGCUCGGCUUCCAUUUGUGUUCAACGUGGACUUUUAUUUAUCCUACAUCAGCCUGUAGUCCAGUUAACUCAAAUGUCACGACCAUUUCUAACUAUAAGAUGUCAAGUAUCCUGGCAUGUAAUAGUUAUCUUUAAUGGGAACAUACAUGUUUUCAACAAGACAGCUAUGACUUCUAUAAAGUCUAACAGAAUAGUGCCGUUUGACAUGUAAUUUAUUUUUUUCCUGUUCAGGUCCUUUUUUGUGGCUGAUUCCUUAAAUGUAUUUUAUUUCAAUCACAAUGUGUUACAUACUACCCUUUGCUCAUAAACCCAUCAGAAAUAAUGGGGCAGCACUA